UCCACAGACAGCAUCGGUCAACAGAGGCGUUGUCGACGGUGGAAAUCCCAUCCUGCUGUCUGACGACUGCCUACCGAGGAAGACAAGAAAAGCUUCAGCUGCUCCGUCGCUUUUCCCUCCUCUGAGCCCUACCAGAGGAUGCGUUUAUGAAUAAAUAAAAGGACGAGGGAGAGAGAGAGAAAGACAGAGGGCACACAGAGAUGUAGUCUCUCCUCCUCUUUUCUGUUUUAGCUUUCUUUUUUAUGCUUUCCUCUUCAUUUGUUCUCUAUUAAUGUUCUUUAAAUUCUUCUACGCUUCUUCUUUUGCUGUUUCCUUCCAGUCCUUCCUCAUCUCCUCCUCAUCCUCAGACCUUUACCUCCAUAUGUUUCUCUAACUCCUUUUAUAGGUUUUUUUCACUUCCUUUCUUGUUCUCUUUCUAAUUCUAUCCGUAUCUUUCCUGCUUUUUCUUCCUUUUUAUUUUCAGACCUCUUCCUUCUAUCUUCCCCUUCAAACGUGUAGUUGUUCUGUCCUCCUAAUACUUGUUGUUGUAUGCAGUUUAGUCUUUGUCCUAAUUUCAUGUUAAGAAUGAAUUGGAUAACAAACAUGUUUACAAAAUCAUUUACAAAAGAAUUUUAAAACAGUACUGUGUGAAAAAACCCAGUGCGCUCAUUCAUUUCAAUGAGAAUGCUGCUCUGGCACCUGGUAGUGACAACAACAACAAUACAUAGAGUGGUGCAGUGUUUGAAUAUUUGAUAAGAAACUAAUGGAUUUAAAAACACUGACUUUUACUUGUUCUGUCUUUGCUCCAAAAACAAUUAAUUCAGUCUUACCCUUGUUUGAGAACAUUUUGGCACAUCCAGUUCUUGAUUUGAUCAACGCACUGACUCAGCGCUUGUAUACGAACAAAGUCCCCUGAUGGUAUUGUUAUGCAAAUUAGGGUCGUCUGCAUAAUAAUGGUACAAUAUCUUGUUGUCAUAUGAGCUGUAAUUGUUUGAAUGCACUGAAAUGGGAUAUGAUUAGAAACAAAGCUCUUCCUUUUUCAAUUUUGUGUCACUGUGACCUGAGGUACGUAAAGCUCUACAGUGAAAGAAGCAGUGUCAGAAAAGGUAUCCAUUAUUAAAAUCUUACUUAGCAGUAGAGAAGUAAUGUAUCAAAAGAACUCUUACAUAAAAUGUCUCCUUUGUAUUACAUCAGUAUAGAUUAUUAUAGAAUAGGAAUUUUAUUACAGAUAAAUUCAUGUCCAAGCAGCAUUUACGGUUGUUGAUAAUAGAUCUAGUUACUGUUGGGAAGUGUAACCUGUAACAGUGCACUUUAUUUUAUCUUAAUUUAAUAUAAUUUAAAAUAUUUUAUGUGAAAGCAGUAAAGUGGUUAUGAAAGUUAUCAUAACACAACUCAUAUGCAUUUUUCUUUUUUCCAGUUUAUCUAUAUUUACAAAUUAUCAUUUUAUUUUACAUACAUUUUACAUUAAAAAUCAAUGAGACAAUUUCACAAUUACACACAUAAAUUUAGCUUCAGUUAACAAAAUAUCAUUAUAAAUCACAGCAUAACUAAUAAAACUUUAACAUUAACUCAUAUACAAACUGAUUUCUGUAAACACAUACUACUCAAAAUAGCUGCUACUCAGUUUAACAGCCCGCCAACGGUUGCUAAUGGUUGCUAAUGCUAGCCAUCUAGCGCUAACAGCUUUUUCUCUUUUUCUUUAGCUUCCUGACUCUGCUGGUUAAUAAGGUCAUUUUUACAUUUUAAAAAAAAAGCUGUAAUUAAUUACUCACAGAGACUUUCUUUGGCAAAAAGCAGCAGAAUUAUAACUGCUCCAGGUUUUUUUCUCUUUUCUCAGAGUUCGAUGACUCUGGGUCGACUCUGUCAGUCUGGAUGCUGCCGCGUCUCUACACAGCCUUUUAGUGAUGAAGCUGGUUUAACUAGUAUUACAUAAAUAUAGUUAAUCUUUUUUUUAUGUUAUUUUUUUAUUUAAUAUUCAAAAUCAUUUAGAAAAUCACAUAGAUUAAUCUUCCUAUAAUUUAGUUAUCUAUUUUUUCCAUUUAAUUUAUUCAUCUAGGCUAAUGUCAAGGUUUUGGUAACCGGGGGUUACAUGUAGCUAUGCCUUCAUCCAGUGGAAUCAAAGACCUUGUGAACAACAUAAGAUUGAGGCUUAAAUUAUAAAACUGAGAAUUAAUCUGCAGAUACUCCACAGCAAGUUUUAAGAUAGCUCUCUGAGUCGAGCAAAGCAGACAUUUACACAUUUUCCAGAAAUAUCUCCAAACUUCUGCCAAUGUGUCACUAUCUGAGACUGCCAGUCAAUGAGUGACGUAACCGAAGCCUCAAUGGAUUUAUCUAGAUUUCAGAUAGAAGGAAAGCGUUUCAACUCUCAACCCUGUCUUUCUACUCGUGUGUCACGCCAACUUCAGCUGUCUCAGCCAAUAGGAUGCUGCAACAGUGAUGCUACCUGACAACAACAGCUGACGAGGUAUUGUCCUAUUGUUUGUUUGCGUGUUUGUACUUGUACACCAGCAGUCAGACGGCUCCCUUGUUACUUGGUCGAUGGAUCUGGGACUUAGUGGACAGGAGGAGGGACAGCUCUUUCUGCUGUAUAGAGUUUAUUAAGGAAAGCCUGGUUAAUUACCUCUUACACACACAUAUACCAACACAUAUACACAUACACACCAGAUUGAAGAUAACCAGCUGUUUUUUGGACGUCUUCCUGCUGAGACGCAGCAUGUGGGAGGAGAACUUUGAAACAGAGCAGUAAGUCAUCUCGCUAAAACACUGAAGACAAUUCUUUAUCUGAUGUGUAUGCUGAUAAGUGACAAACCCUCAUUUAAAUAAUCCAGAUGGUCUUCUGUGGUUUGAACUGAUUAAAUGCAAUCACCACAUGAAACGUGGGAGAAUUUCUCUUCAAAUACUCCCACUGAAUGUUUCCUUACAAAUAGCACAAAAUAAAAGUUGAAAGCCAAUAGUUUGAAGAAACAAAUGAUAUUACCAACCGUUACCUUCAGUCUUAGAGUACACAGCAUUGAUACAAACUCAACUGUUGUAUCAUAAUCUCAAACUAAAACUAUUCAAGUAAAUUUUACUGGUGAAAGUAUCUCCAUGCUACGCUUUCAUUCACUCAGCCAAGGAUUUAAUCCCUUCUCCUGUUCAGAAAAUUAGUUACUGGUAUUAUUUAAUAAUGGAUGACCAAUGUAGAACCAAGUUGCUAGCUUCUAAUUGAUGUGUAAAUUCAAUCUGUUGGUGUAGUAGCCACGCACAUAGCAACAUCAUCUAAAGGAUUAUAGCAGCUUUUUGAGCCACUGGCUGUUGGUUUACAUGAAAACGACCGACAAACAUGGUGGUAGUCUUUUUGUUUAAGCACUUAACAAGCUAGCUAAGCAACAUGUAUUUAUAUACGUUUAAUGUUGAAUAUAAACAAGAUGACGGUAAAAUUAUAGCUAAUGCAUCAUGCUUAGCUAAUAACUACAAUACAAUGUAAAAAUGUAGCCUUAAUAAAUUAUAAAGUAGUUAAAUUAGCUGAGCCCUCAUGUAAGACAGGCUAUAGUAGCAUUUAGCUAGGUUAGCAAGCCAAAUAACCUCACUAACCCUGAAUUCCAGAUUGAGAGUGAAACUAGAACCAUAUUCAUAAUUUACAUUUUUUACCACAGCUUCUUUUUUCCCACUUUAACAGUUUGUUAACUAGCACUUGAAGAAAUUGUUGUUAUUUGGAGGCUAAGCUACAAUUGAGAAAAAUUCAUCCAGUUUGUGUAGAUAAUAAGUGUUUGUUUCUGUUUGUCCACGUGUCAACCAGUGAGGUUGGCCGUAAACUAGACUACUCGCCGGUAUCAUGGCGAGAGUAUUUUGACCAGAUGGAGGAUGUGAGUGUGGGACUGCCCGAUAGCAGGGAUGUCUUCAGGGUUUAUAAAGCUGGAAAUGAGGGACCUCUGCUGGUUCUGCUACACGGAGGAGGACACUCAGCCCUGUCCUGGGCUGUCUUCACUACAGCCAUCACCAGCAGGGUGACCUGCAGGGUACUUGCCAUGGACCUCAGGGGUCACGGUGCCUCAUGUGUCCGCCAAUCAGAUGACUUCUCAAAUCAAACUAUGUCCAGCGACAUAGCCAAUGUAAUUCGAGCAUGCUACGGUGACACUGCUCCCCCCAUCAUCCUGAUUGGCCAUGGUGUUGGUGGGGCGAUUGCAGUACACACGACCAGCAACAUGUUGCUACCGUCCACUGUGGGCCUGGUGGCUAUAGAUGUUGUGGAAGGCAGUGCGAUGGAGGCACUCCACAGUAUACAGAACUUCCUGAAGGGAAGACCCAAGUCCUUCAAGUCCAUGGACCAUGCCAUAGAGUGGAGUUACAAGAGUGGACAAAUCAGAAACCUGGAAUCUGCCAGAGUCUCAAUGGUUGGUCAGAUCAAAAGAUGUGAGGUAGAGGAGGUCAACACUCUGGAGCAGGCCAGCCCAGUGACUGAUGUAGUUGUUGAGCGCAACGAGGAGUUCUACGAUCAGAGCUACGUCAACGAUAAAGAAAGCGCUGCCUCAGAGGUGAGCCUCAGUGAAGGCCAGAGUGUGUACAAGUGGCGUAUAGACCUGUCAAAGUCAGAAAAGUACUGGGAUGGAUGGUUUAGAGGAACCUCUAACCUGUUCCUAGCCUGUAACCUGCCCAAACUCCUGCUAUUGGCUGGCAUCGACCGGCUGGACAGAGAUCUGACAAUCGCCCAGAUGCAAGGUAAAUUCAUGAUGCAGGUGCUGCCCCCCUGUGGCCACGCAGUGCAAGAAGACAAACCAGACAAAGUAGCUGAAGCUGUGGCCGCCUUUCUGUUGAGACACAAGUUUGCUGAACCAAGAAGAGACACUAGGAGCGCCAACUCUUUCACACAAUGAGGUCUGCAGACCAGCACAAAUGAGCUCCAGAUUUGGAGUUGACUGCAUACUCAUUUUCCCUGAAGACAACCACAAACCUUCAUUUUUUUUCGCCUCCCAACUUCAUCCUUUUAUCGGUAGCUGCUGAAGUCCAUAGUUUAAUUAAACUGAUUGUAAAUCUAAUUGUAGAGAUAUUUGUGAGUGACUGCUGCUGUGUAGUUUCUGUUCUUCAGUAAUGUAACUGCCCAACUCUUUUCUCUAUUUACGUCUUCUAUUAUUAUUAACAGUUAAAGUACUGAAUAAAAUACAUUACAAGAAAAUAAUACUUUAAAGAUUAAUGUGCAUUUGCUUUGACCGUGAUCCAAAUUUACUGUAUUUCGACCACUGAGCUUCCUAAAGCCCAAAUCCACUAGAAAACUAUUAAAAAAAAACCCAAAAUGACAAUAUAGAUGUAACAUAAGGAACAAUGAAAGCAUCAUGGUAUCAUCAGUAUUGCUUUCAAAGUAAAAUAUAAGUUAAAUAAUUGACUUAUUGAGUCACAAUCAUGAGUCAGGUUUGCCAAAUUAAGUUAUUCUAAUUUGUAUUUAUAGUUUUGAUUUUAAAAUUAGGUUUUUUUACCCAAUAAAUCCAAAUUAUAUGAAUUUGACGGAGGCAAAAUGAUGAUGGUAAAUAAAAAAAUUAAGAGUUUUUCUUUUGGAAUUAAACUAAAUGCUUCCAGUUUUUUCCAUUGUCAUCCAAGUCAGACUGUUUGGGAAAAAAAAAAAAAAACUUUGCUUAAUGUUAUUAAUUUAAACCAUUUUAUACUCACUGAUCUUUCUGGUCUCAACGAAGCUCGGUAAGACUGCUAUGCUAACACCUAGCUAGCACUUCAAAUGAUCUGAACUCUAGCUAACGGAGAAUUAGACAAAACACGAAAGGUAGCAACCUUGUUAGCUUUGUCCUCUGUUUUAUUUGCAUUUCCCUCACAAAGGGAACGAAGGUGAAAAUAAUCUAGUCUUACUCCAAACUAGGGUGUAAAACGAAUACGUAGAUGGUCAUGUUAAGAGAAAUGUCAACGACAAACAGAAGAGUAUUUAACUUAAAUCUACAAAUUAUUUCCAGAAAAAACAAAUGAAGAAAUGUAUUUUUAUUACCAUUAACGCAGGGAGUAAAAGAUGCUAAUGUUAGCAAACAUAAAGUGAGACUGUUCCAGGUGUCUGAGGUACUAAUUAGCUCUUCCUAUCAACAUUUAAAUGUUUCUUCUGUUACUACUUACAGAUGAUGAUGAAGGUAAAUGUUAUCUCCAUUUGUCAGCGUUACGACAUUCUUGGAUGUAUCUGUUGUGUACAUAGUGUGUAGCAUUAGCGGUGUCAUUAGAUAAAUAUUUGUUGUUCAGUUUAAUCUUCACUGUGAUUGAUUUGUCUCAGUCUUCUUUUUUUGUGUCUUUUGGUUUUGUCGUUAUUGUAAAAUGAUAUUUCCUUCAUGAAGCUUCUCCAGAAAGUGAUGUAUGUGGAAUAAAGUACUAGUAGCCGUGACAACCACCAGAGAGCAAAGAA